GAAAGUUUACAGCCAUAGGUUCAUGAAUUUCAGCUACAGAGUUUGAACGAGGCCACCAGCUUCACCCUUUCUCUUCCACUCCUCAGCCGUCGUUUCCAUGCUUUCUUCGCUACAACAACAUUGUUCCGCUACUCGUUCAUCUGCAUGCAUAACAACCCUUCUCAAAGCUUGCAAGAGAAUCCAACAUCUUCAACAAGUUCACGCUUCCAUCAUUCAAAGAGGCCUUGAACAAGACCAAGUUCUCAUUUCCAAUUUCAUUUCCCUCGCCAACACACUUUCCAUUUCCACUCGCUCAUAUUCCACAGCGGUUUUCAACCGCGUUCUCAAUCCCUCUACAUUCCUCUGGAACACUUUCAUUAGAACCCAUUGUCAAAGUAGCUUCUUUUCUGAUACAAUUUCCGCCUUUAUUCGCAUGAAAGCGGAAGGGGCUGUGCCUGAUAGUUACACUUACCCUUCUGUGAUUAAAGCAUGUUCUGGUACGUGUAAGGUUUUGGUAGGAAAGUCGGUUCACGGGUCGGUGUUUAGGUGUGGUUUGGAUCAGGAUUUGUUUAUGGGUACUACUUUGAUUGAUAUGUAUGGUAAAUGUGGACAGAUUAGUGAUGCUCGUAAGGUGUUUAAUGAAUUAACUGAGAGAAAUGUGGUUUCUUGGACUGCUAUGGUUGUUGGGUAUGUUACUGCUGGGGAUGUGGUUAAGGCAAAGAAGGUGUUUGAUGGAAUGCCGUUGAGGAAUGUAGCUUCGUGGAAUGCUAUGAUCCGGGGUUUUGUUAAGGUUGGGGAUUUGAGUAGUGCUAGGGGUGUGUUUGAUUCUAUGCCGGAAAAGAAUGUUGUUUCUUUUACGACAAUGGUUGAUGGAUAUGCUAAGGCUGGUGAUAUGGAAUCGUCGAGGUUCUUGUUUGAACAAGCUGCGGAGAAGGAUGUUGUUACCUGGUCUGCUUUGAUAUCAGGUUAUGUUCAGAAUGGCGAGGCUAAUGAGGCGUUGAAGGUCUUUCUUGAGAUGGAAUCAAUGAACGUGAUACCUGACGAGUUCGUAUUGGUUGGUUUGAUGUCGGCUGCUUCUCAGUUGGGUGACUUAAAAUUGGCUCAACGGGUUGAUUCUUAUGUAGGCAACAACUCUAUUGAUCUUCAGAAAGACCAUGUGAUUUCAGCACUUGUGGAUAUGAAUGCGAAGUGUGGAAACAUGGAGAGGGCGUUGAAAUUGUUCCAAGAAAUGCCUGAGAGAGAUUUAGUCUCGUAUUGUUCAAUGAUUCAUGGGUUUUCAAUUCACGGGCAUGGGGAAGAUGCUGUGAAUCUAUUUAAUAGGAUGCUGAUGGAAGGGAUAGUUCCGGAUGAGGCGGCAUUCACAAUUGUCCUGACAGCUUGUAGUCAUUCAGGGCUCAUUGAUAAGGGUUGGAAAUACUUCAACUCCAUGGAGGAAAAUUAUGGCAUUAGUCCUACACCUGAUCACUUUGCAUGUAUGGUUGAUCUUCUAGGCCGGUCUGGGCAAUUAAGGGAUGCUUAUGAACUUAUAAAAUCAAUGCAUAUAGAGCCUAAUGCUGGUGCCUGGGGUGCACUUAUUGGAGCAUGUAAACUACAGGGUGAUACAGAGUUAGGAGAGAUUGUUGCUAAUCGACUUUUUGAACUCGAGCCUCAAAAUGCUGCUAAUUACGUGCUGCUGUCUAACAUCUAUGCUGCAGCUGGGCGAUGGAAAGAUGUUUCCCUUGUGAGAAGUAAGAUGAAGGAAAGAGGAGUGUGCAAGAUACCUGAUUGCAGUAAACUUUAGUACCAUGCUGAGUUAUUUGUGGUUCCAUGGAUGAAGUUCUGAAUGUACAGAACAUGGAGAUCGGUAUGAGUUCUUGUCCAGUUGAUCUUGAAGCUCAGCAGUUAUUCCAUGGUUUUCUUCCACCUCAGUUGGUGGUGUUUUACUGUUGCUUUUAUUGCCUUGAGAGAGUCACCGCUAUUGCUACAGUUGUUUAUGAAGCUUCACUUGUAGCUAAUUAAGACAGUGAAACUGAUGCCUUGUUAGGGAAGAAAGCGAGCCUUGACAAUCAAAUCACAACUUCCCUGUCUUCUUGGAUUACCGGUACCAACCUGUACAUGGAAAGGAUUCAUUGUGAUCAAUCCCAGUCUAUUGCUACAGUUGUUUAUGAAGCUUCACUUGUAGCUAAUUAAGACAGUGAAGCUAAUGCCUUGUUUGGGCAGAAAGCGAGCCUUGACAAUCAAAUCACAAAUUCACUGUCUUCUUGGAUUAGUGGUACCAAUUCUUGUACAUGGAAAGGAUUCAAUGUGAUCAAUCCCCGUCUAUCAUCACAAUAAAGAUCUCAAGUAGCAUUGAAGCAGGUUGGCAGCCCAGAUUUAUAUGGUGGCGAUAACAUCAAACUAUUCACUUAUUGGACAGUGGAUUCUCAAUUCGAUUGCCCCAUUUUGUUCUUUCUUUUAAUUCAUUAUAAUAACUUGAUUAAUUACUUUGAUAGAUUGAUGCAUAUCAAGCAAUGGGAUGGUAUAACCUCCCUUGCUCUGGCUUUAUUCAAAUUAUCGAUAUAGGUCUGGGAGCAAGCAUCUUCCCACUUUCUAACCAUGCUUCUUCCCAAUAGGGAGUAUAACUUUAAGCAUCCUGGUAUGUGAGCACCAAGAACAUUUUGAGACCCACUCCCUGUAGAUGGUUGAAGACUAUGGAACCCACUUGAAGCCAUGCCACCACAGAGACCACACAGUUAAGCUUGUCAAAGAGAAAAGAAGAAACAGAGUUGCAAGGAAGAGGAGUCAAGGGGAAGCCGUCACAGGGAGGCUACCACGCACGUAAGGAGGAAAACACCCCUCAUGCAAUUCAUAACAUUUUUCCAAAACACGUUAUCCUUAACCGCCUUUUCCACAAUGAUCCCAUCUUUACUCUUUGCAAGUUUACCGGACUUCCACUCUUUCAAUGUGAACAUAAUAAUAAGUGCUCUAUAAUUGUAAUGCAAACACUCUAAUGUCAAGUAAGAUGCUGCAAAACGAGUCAUUGCAGGUUAAAUCAAAUAGUGUCUACAGUAAAUUUGUGCAAUAAAAGAAUAUGAUCUUCUGUAAAUGAAUAUUUUAUCGCUAGCAAUCAUAUCUUGUGGAAAGAAAUCUUCUCAAAAUUUUCCAACAUUAGGUCGAUUCAAUGAGCUGCACAUGGUGUCCAAUACAACUUCUCCCACUUUUGCAUCAACAAUUACCCAU